UGAAAAUUUAUUACCUGUUCAAAACUAAAUUUUGGUUGUAAUCUCAUAGUAUGUAAAAUUAAUCUGUAAUAAUUGGAAAGUAACUUGUCUGAAUGCUACAGAAAGGAUGACCAUUUCAUGUUGAGAUUUGACUUACACGAAUAUGCCUAAACAAAUCGUCUGCUGUGGAGGUCCUAUCUCUUUUUAUGCCGCUUCAGCGUUUUUGUCUUGUUACAUUGUUGUGCUGAAUGUUCUUCAAAUAAUAGGGUGUGCUUUGCAUUUAGUACCAAAAAUACAGUCAUGGGACUGGACAGAUAGAUGGUUACAAGCAAACCUUGCAGUAUUUUGUACUUGCAGCUGCUUGAUCAUCAAUGGAUUUGUCAUCUGGAUAGCGGCAUGUCUGAAAUCGAGAGUGUCAUUGCUGAUUGCCACAGUUGUAUUUAUCUUCCUUGCCGCAUUACGAUUGUACGUUGCAAUUGUAGUAUUCAAUAUUGAGUCAUCUUGGGUUCGUCUACUCGGAGAUAUUUUUACAGUGGUAAAACUAGCUGAGAUGUGGACUGUAGACACAUGCUGCUGUUGUUUCAGCCUAAGAACAGGGUGUCUUAUUAUUGGAGUAUUACAACUGAUGUCUCCCUCCAUAAACGUAAUUGGAACUGUUGUAAUCAGAGUAGAGAAUUCUACAAGAGAAGACACAAAUGAUAUUUCAAACACUUUUAGCAAACAUGCAGCAAAUUCUAAUGAGUUCUGGGCAAGCCGGCUUAUGGAUAUAUUCCAAAUGUCCAUCGCUAUAGUACUAAUCUGCGGUGUUGUAAGAAAUCGCAAGAGGCUACUCUAUUACUACGUCUUCGUAGAGGCACUUUUAAUUGUCAUCCGAAUCUUUAUUCUCGUGAUACUUCUUACUCUUGCCGCUUUACACCAAGUCGGAGCAACCAUCUCCCUUAAUGUUAUUUCCUGGGCAUUAUUGGUAUAUUUCAUCGUUGUGGUGUACAGCUACCAAAGAGAAAUGUCACAGACUUGCGUAAAUGGUUGCACUACAGAUGAAAUAUGAUUUAAAUGUAGUUUAUCGAAUGACGGUUUACAAAAUGUGAAUUUAUCAAGAAUAGAAAUUACGGUACCAACAGUUGAAUGAUUGAAUAACGGAAUAACGAGAAAUGUUUAUGAAUAGGAGAGGAAAUAGGUAAACCUAUCAGAACAUUUGCAAAUCAAUUAUAAGAGUAAGAGAACCUUGCAAAAAAUGCCAUCGUGUGCCACACGAAAGAGCUCACUGAGUUUGCAUAAACCUCUGCACAGCCUAUGGAAUUCCCAUUGGAUGGUCCCUCUCUAUGAGAACUUGAUAAGAUUAUUGUAAACACAGUUCACAAUUAACUUGUAUUCUAGUCACUAUAUGCAGCAUGCAGCUUCGUGGAUAGGUUAAAAGCAGCGCUGUUGAGGAACUCACAAUGGCUCUAUCUACUAACUAACGGGAGCUUAACAACGAAAUUGGAAAUACAGAAGACUGAGCGGUCUAAGACGUCAUCACCGUAUUCGACUGUCUGUGGCCGUACUUCUUUAUAACAGUACUAAUUACCUUGUAUUGUAUUGACUAUUCUCCAUAUUCUAUUUGAUUAGAUCCUCGUACAGGCCAGUGGCCUAUGUGUGUGGUCAGAAUAAUGCUCAACUGGUAAUAGGCCUCUUGAAAGUAAUAUGUAAAAAAUAAAAAUAAAACUGUUAGAGAAUUAAACAAGUUAUAAAAUUAGUUGUGAGCCAAUAGUGAUCUAUGCAAAUUGAACAGUGGUAACGACGAGAAGAUUAUUCUGCAUAUCUCAAGGAAAACUUACUCCUAUAGGAACGCUCAACGCUAGAGAACUGCACCCAAAAUAACAUAACGGCUGGGCAGCGUUAGGUGGUACAGCUCUAUUGAAGUGGCGUGAUGCGUGGAGUGCAAUAUGAAGCUUGCAGCUGACUUCAUGUAACCAUUUUAUGAAAUAAAAAUUAUAUAUACGA